AUGUCAAAUCCAAUGCCGGCACCGGUUACAAUGACCGCGUCAAAGGCUCUAUGCUCACACGACCCUCUCUACUUCGCUGUCAACCCGCAAGAGAGAGCAGACAUGACUCAACAAACCGCUUCGAGACUGUCCUACAUCUCAGCCUGGAAGCUGGACUCAGAGUCGGCGGGACCUACUCCAAACUUACGACGGAUGCUAGGCCACUGCUCAGUUCACGAGCGGACGCAAGACUUCACAAAACCCCAAGCGAGGCCGUCGCCUGUGCAAGUACAAGUGCAAGUGCAAGUGCCAACGAAUGAGCUCUCGACCUAUCUACAGCAGGUGCCCUCCUUCCGAGAUUUUCAGGCUGCUAUCGAAGUGCAAUUGGCGACAAUGGCGAGCAUCACGGCCGCAACAGCUCAGCUGAAGCUCAUGGAAAGGAACAGUCGAGAAAUCGAGGAAGAUAGUGAUGACGACAGUUAUGAUGGUGAUUGGAGCGACAUGGACGCCGGGGCAGAGAGCGACGACAGUUCGACGGACGACGAGAGCCACGGCGUACACUCCGAAUGUGGCAGUCCGACAUCGUAUUCCGGGGAAGGAGGACAGGACGAGGAAGCAGAUGGGGACUUGUGGGCUCUACGGCCUCUCACGCCGCUCAUG